AUGGCGUCGACCCUCCUAGCCGUCGCCGAAAAGGCCCAAGACGUCGCCGCGGCCCUGGAGAAAUUUUUGGACCCCGUGCAUGAUCAGUCAGCCGAAAUCACCGCGCUAAUGGCCGAGUGCCUCUCGACCAGCUCAGCCUUGCGGGAACUCGAUCGGAAAAUCGGCGACUUCCCGUAUCAUCGACGUUAUCCCGACAUUUCGGCUCAUCUGACGACUGUGAAGAGCAGCUUGACUUACACAAUCAGAGACGUCGAGAGGCUGUUUGGAGGCGUGGGCAGGGUCGCGGUGGUACCGCGCGCCGAGUACGGCUACGUGUGGGACGAUCUGUGUGACUUCUUCCGCGCCGAGAGCGGUAAUACUUUACGGCGGCGAUUGGAAAUCUACUGCACUAUUUUAGAGGAAUUAUCAGACACACUGAUCGAAGGCUUGCCACGCGACCCUGACUUGUUUGAUGAAUUGGUUAUCAAGGUUGAGAAACUGCUGGAUGCACAGGACGAUAGCUUCGCGAGAGCUUUUGACGGAAUUGGCCUCGGAGAUCCAGUUGUCAAUAGACCAAAUUCAUUCGAAAGGAGAAGGCCCCAAGGCCAGAACGUACCGCAGCCACGACGAGAGCCUCAACCGGACCCGCGCGGGGGAGGAAGAGGCGAUCAUCGUCACCCAGAUAUGGAACACGACUUUGGUAGAGGCGCCCAUCGACCUCCGCCCGCCCCUGAUAUUCCUCGCUCGCCAACCACAUCCAAUACCUUCUCCACUCACUCCUCGAGCAUCAAUUCCGUUCUCAGUAGCCAUUGGUUGCCAGAGGUGUUCCGUCAAAGCCGACCUGCAACACUGUUGGGGGACACUGGUCAGACAUCCGCUUCUCUGGCCCACGCCAUGCCGGGCUCCAGCACCAGGCUCGAGGAAAAUGGUUAUGUCAACGUGGUCGAGCUACCAUUUGAAAACGGUGAUCUCCUCGUACGACUGUAUUGGCGAUCACACGAUUGCAGAUCUAGAUUCCUAUGCCGCACCAUACGUCCCGCUCGCUCACGGAAGGAUGUCGUCUUGCCUUUGGUAUCACUGAUCGUGUCAAGGAGUGGCCCCUUUCUAGAAUUCAAGGAUGUCGGUGAAGGAAACCCCAAACUCUGGGCGUGUCUCAAAUUCUCCAGCUACGAACUAAUGGUGCUGUUCUUCUGCACUUUCCUGGCUUUAAGGUCCGAAGACCUAAAGAUGCCCUGGAAGACCAUCAAAGACUACGACGUCCACAAGGAAAAGGAGUUAUUCGCAGGACGUAUCGUCGACGACCGCUACGAGCACGCCCUCCGACUGUUCCAGGAAAAGGACACCGGCGUCGUCCGACUCCAGGCCUCCGCGCAAACCGGCACGCUCAAACGGAAGCCCAUCUGGACCGCCUUCGUCACCCACCAGAUCAUCUCGCCCACGUGGAUGUCCCGGGACACCCCCGGAGUGGUGCACCUGGCCGAUCUGCAGCGAUACGUCUUCACCGAGGAAUACACCCCGCAGAGGACGCCGACCGGCGCGCACGAGUUGACUUUUAUCUUGCCGACAGAUGCCAAGGACUUUGUCAAAGCCGUCAAGAAGCUUGCCAAGAGCCUGUUGGAUCGCCGGGGUCAUUGA